AUGCCCGUCGGUCGAGUAGCUGCAGCAACAGCCGAGAAAAAAGCAGCAAAAGAUACACAGAAAAUUGCACCACCUACAGCAAGUUUUCAGGAUCUUGGUGUAGACGGUUGGCUAUGUGACACUUUGAAAGCAAUGCAGAUCAAACGACCUUCCGAGAUUCAACGGGCCUGUAUACCUCCUGCUUUAGCCGGCAAGGACAUUAUUGGUGGUGCCAAAACAGGUUCCGGUAAAACAGCAGCAUUCGCCUUACCGAUCUUGCAAAAGUUGUCCGAAGAUCCCUACGGUGUGUUUGCACUGGUUUUGACACCUACUAGGGAACUGGCCUUUCAAAUUGCGGAGCAGUUCCGGGUAUUGGGUAAAGGCAUUGGAUUAAAAGACUGUAUUGUUGUGGGUGGCAUGGACAUGACCGAUCAGGCCGUAGCACUAGCCAAACGACCCCAUGUCAUUAUUGCCACGCCAGGCCGUUUGCACGAUCACAUUCUACACAGCACAGGCGCCGUCCACUUAUCACGGUGUAAAUUCCUGGUCAUGGAUGAAGCCGAUAUGUUACUGACACCUUCCUUUGCUCCAGCACUCUCCGAUAUUCUGCCGAUGCUUCCCGAAAAACGCCAGACGUUGUUGUUCACAGCCACCAUGACCGACUCGAUCCUGGCGAUCCGAGACGCUAAAGAAGAUCCCAGAAAGAAACCUUUCGUACAUCUGUGCGAUAUGAGCACAUCGACCGUUUCGACCUUGGAUCAAUACUAUAUGUUUGUACCAUCGAAUGUCCGAACGGUCUAUCUUGCACACAUCUUACGUUCAGAGGAAUUCAAGGAUAAAUCUAUCAUGAUCUUUUGUGGGAAAUGCGAAAAUGCCCAGUUGACAGCCAAUAUUCUCCGUCAGCUCGGUGUACGAUGCACAGAACUACAUUCGCACAUGUCACAGCAGGACCGAUUGGCUUCGAUUGGCAAAUUCAGAACAGAGAUUGUCAAGGUUCUUAUUUCAACAGAUGUUGGCAGUCGUGGUCUAGAUAUCCCCGCGGUACAAGCAGUCAUCAAUUACCACAUUCCUCGAGAUCCUACCGACUAUAUCCAUCGUGUGGGUCGUACUGCCAGAGCUGGACGAGGCGGUAUGGCGCUUUCCAUCAUUUCGGAACGUGAUAUCCAGUUGAUCCAAAACAUUGAAGCACGGAUAAACAAGAAGCUUGAAGAAUAUAAAGUGGAUGAAAACGAUGUGCUUAAAGAGCUGUCCGAGGUCACUACUGCAAAACGGAAAGCAAGCAUGUUUAUGCACGAUGCUGAGAAUAAGGCAAAGCAGCGCAAAAUCAGAAAAUAA